AUGGAGGAUUGGCGGGGUUAUCCUACAGAGAGUCGUCCUGAUUCUUCCCCUUCUUCUUUGCUCGAUGGGGGGGCCUCGGAUGUUGUUUCAUAUACCCAGCGGUCCCAGGCUGCCGACAACAUGUUCUUAACACAGCAGCAGCAGCAGCAGCAACAGCACCAACAGGGCCUCCAGCAACAGUUCAUGCAACACCAAUAUGUCCCACAGCAAUUGUAUAGCACACAGCAGCAGCCAGGCUACCCGUCGCAACCUGGUUCAGGGCUAUCAGAGCAGCAACAGGCCUUGGAAAUGGCAGACUACAUGGAAAGGGAGCAGCAGCGGGAACGCGAGAUCGCUCGCAAACAGCAGACGGCUCUGCGGCGAGGCCUUCUUUCUGUGUCAGAGUUGGAGGAUUGGAUGGGCGAAGAUUGUCCCCAGCUGGACCGCCAGACUUUAAUACGAUUCCCACCGGACGUCGCGGAGACGCUGAGACAGCGUCUGCACAAUGCUGCCGCUGCGGCGGCUGCAGCAGCAGCAGAAGGAAUCGAUCCACCAGAUCCCGGAGGAGCGGCACUCGGACUCACCAUAAUCCCAAGGCCAGAUUACAACUACAGGGCAUUUGAUGUGAAGGUUUCCGGGUAUCGUGGGCGACUCCGCGGCAUCCUGGUUGAAUUGCCGACUUUGAUUGAGACGUACAAGACGGUGGACUCGGAUAUCCUCUUUAAAUCAGGUGUGUUGUGGUGCUUAAGUUUUCAUCCUCCUGAAUAUCGAGCGGUGGUUAUCUCUCUGCCUGUGUUCGUGCUGGCCAGUUUUUCAAUGCUGUACGUUUUUGACCCGCAAGUGAAUAACCUGGAUCUAGGAAGCCUGUGCGACAAGCAGCAGUGGGAAUGGCGGGCUGGACUAACGCCCCCCACUCACCGCAUCCGCAGCCGGAAGUUUAAAAACAUAGAUCUCUUUGAUCGCGAAGAAAUAAGAGAUGCGGAGCUCGAAGUCCUUCAGGCGAGUAUCCAUCCACCACGACAGAAACGUCAAUUACUCCACGGUCUUCGCCGCGAUACAUAUGAGAUCGAAGUUCACACGGAACUCGAUAUGUUGGAAGCUCGCAAAAAAGAACAAGAACAGCAAGAGCAGCAGCAGCAAAGCAGCACAGCCAGUCCUGAUGCUCCACGAGUGGAGCGCGUGGUGCUGACCACGGAGGAUGUAACCGAGCUGCUUAACCUGGUUGAACAGGACGACGAGUAUCUCUCUGACGCUUCCGAUAUCUUGUUUUCGAUUCACUCUGACAAUGUCUCCUUGCCCGGAGCAGACCCGAACUCACGGUCAAGACGGGGGAGGGGUGGGGCACCUGGGGGCCCUUCAAGGUUCUCUUCAGUUGGAAAUGGAGGCCAACAAGAAGCCGAUUCUCCUCAGGCAGGCAUUCUGACUCCCAAUUCUCAGCUGCAGAUGCAGAUGAGUCAACAGCAGCAGUUGCCGCAGCAGUUGGUGGUGCAGCACCAGGGCCAGCAGCUGUUGCACGGCAUGCCGGAAGGCGCUGAAAUUGAUGACGCAGAGGAGCGCGAGCGCUUGCGGCUUCGUAAGGAAAGAAGGAAGCAGAAGAAAGACAGGAAGAGAGCGAGGAGGGAGCAGAAACUACAGCAGCAGCAGCAACAGCAGAUGGCCAUGGGACAAGGAAUACCUGGCGGCCAGAUGGAGCCCCAUGGUGUCUUGCAGUCGGCCAUGCCUUUGCAAACAGGCCCUGCGGUGGCCGCCUUAGGGGAAGCGUCUGCAAUUGGAGGCAAUGACGACGGCAACUUUGAUGGCAUGAGUUCGGUAGGAAGCGCAGAUGGUCAAUGA